CAGAUUUUUUUUUGCAGAAGGAAAAAAUGGCGCCCAGCUCGAAAUCGGGAAAAGAAGACAACGGCAACAAACAAAAACAGCAACGGAAACACAAAGACCACAUUGUCAAACUGCUCGCCCGUGGAAAGCUGUCUGGACAGCUGUCUCAGAGACUGUUCCGGAAGCUGCCCCCCCGAGUGUGUGUCCCCUUGAAGGCUAUAGUGAGCGAGGAGUUCCUCCGUGCGGGUCACAUCUUCCUCGGCUUCACGAAAUGCGGCCGUUACGUUCUGUCCUACACAAGCGACUGCGGCGAGGACGAUGAUUUCUCCUUCUACACCUACCAUCUGUACUGGUGGGAGUUCAACCUGCACAGUCGCCUCAAACAGGUGCACCAUGUGAGGUUGUUUGCAGGUGAAGAUAUCUACACCGAGCUUUACCUGACCGUCUGCGAGUGGCACAACGAUCACUCAAAGAUCGUCAUCUUCGGCUUCAAUACUCGCAGCAGCACGGCUCUAAUGAAUAUGAUGAUGAGUGAUGAGAAUAACAGAGACAUUUACAUCACUAUCGCCUCCAUGCCUCCUGCACAACGGUGCCAACAGUGCUGCCCCCUGCCCACGACCUCCACUAUACGCACAGGAGGGGAGUGUUUGGAGCAUGGCUACGUCCUGAACGCUCGUUAUCAGGUGGUUUAUCCGUUCCCCACCUUCCAACCGGCUCUGCAGCUGAAGAAGGAUCAGGUCGUCCUCCUCAACACCAGCUACUCACUGGUGGCCUGCGCCAUCUCGCUCUGCUCCGGUGGAGAGCAGCAGCAGCAGCAGCAGGCGGAUGUGCAGAAUAAUCAAAUCCUGUACCGUAAACGAGCGACUCCCGUCUCCUCCUGUCCUCAUCCUCCCACCCUGUCCUCAUCUUCCUCUUCCUCCUCCUCCUCCUUCUCCUCUCAUGGGUCACCUGACCGCAGACCGACCAAUCCCCACGCGACGCCGCUCUCCCCCGGCCGUUCCCAGGCCGCCGUGCGGGCGCGCGAGUUCGCCGCCGACAUCUUCCGCCGCGCCCAGGCGGGGGCAGAUGGAGACGUCGAGCGGCGGAGACGGGACAGCGAGGCGAAAACCUCACGCGUGCCUGCUACAGAGUCCGAACGAAGAAGAACGGAAGAGAGGAGGGAGGACACGGAAGGGCCGUCCACCUCACAGGGGAAAGGAAGUAACCCGUCGUCCACCGAGACAGAGGACAACAACGCAUGCAACACGGUCAUGUCCCCGGUGUCCACAUCGUCAUCGUGCUCGCUCUCCCCUCGCGCUGCAUCAUCAUCGUCGUCGUCGUCUUCAUCGUCUACGCCAGAGCCAGGAUACGUGAACUACACACGACUUAGAUACAGACUACAGCAGCCCGGGGCGACCGAGCAGGACAACAGAGAAGAGGAGGAUAAAGUUCAGCUCCCGUUCACCGUCUCAGACCUGAGGGGGAGGAACCUGCAGCUGGUGACGGGACAGUACACAGGGCCGUGUGUGUGUGUGGAGCAGCUGACCCUGGAUUUUGAGUAUCUGAUUAACGAGGUGAUCCGAAAUGAUGCGGAGUGGGCCUCGCAGUUUUGCUCCUUCAGCGACUACGACGUCGUAAUUCUUGAGGUUUGCCCGGAGACAAAUAUAGUGGUGAUAAAUAUCGGACUUCUGCUGCUGGCCUUCUCCAACUGUGAGGAGGAACACAGCAGGCCUAAAUCGUAUCACUCCAGUCUGCAGGUCAGCUGGGAUCUGAACACGGGCGCCUGCUGCACCGUUGGGGUCGGUGAGCUCACCGAGGUUAAAGGUCAAACCAGUGGGAGUGUGUGGAGCUCGUACAGGAAGUCGUGUGUGAACACGGUCAUGAGGUGGCUCGUCCCUGAGAGCAGCUCACGCUACAUCAAUCGCAUGACCAACGAAGCCCUGCACAAAGGUACCUCUCUUCAAGUGCUUGCGGACAGCGACAGAGCUACGUGGAUCGUCCUGUAAUGAAGAAACCAUAGCAUUCGCACACACACACACACACACACAGUCCUGUGAGCCAUGCACAUUGCUGCUGCACUAAAAAUCAUUCAGACUCUCUGCUAGACCGAACAAAUCGUCUCUAUUGAUUUUUUUACUUUUUAAACAACACGUGUCUGUUUGUUGCGUAUGUGAUCAGUCUGUUCCACUGCUCCUCCUCAGUCAGUACCGAUCAUAGGUGGGGAUGUUCAGAUCUUACACACCCGUCACUCUAAAGAUGGAGCUUUGAACCCGGACUGGUUUCUUCCGGUUUUCCAUCAGAUUGUCCUCCAGAGACCAGCGACUAGGAUUUCCAAAUCCCAGGUUUACACGAUUCGAGCUCAACAAAUACAAAGCUUCAGUCAGACACACUUCUAACUUUUGUAAAGUUGUUUGUACGGGGGUCAUCAUACACACAGUUUUGUUCAUUUAUUAUUUAUCUAUUAAUCCGGUCUCUCAUUAGUCUAGACCAGUAGUUAGUCGUAAGAUGAAUUGAGGACGUGAAGGCGGCGGUAAAGCCUGGCUAAGUCUCCGGCUUUGUUCCAUUCCAGCGUUUGUUUCCAGAGCCGCUACGAUAAUCAUCGGUCCCGGAGACAAGUUUGUUCGUUAUCAGAGCAAAUAAUAACACUAAAACAUUUACGGUUUAAAAGUUAAGAACCUGAAUGAAUUCACACAUUUGUUUUGUUGAGACAGUUUCAGGGGAGAUCGCCAAUGACCUCAUGUAGAUGCGUUACUGCAGGAUACAGCGAGGACGUGGCACAGAUGGCAUUUACUCAACAAAAUAUCACAACAUUGCUUCUUUUUUUUCCUUUUCUUUUUUUUUUUUAAACGUACAGAAAAGCUGUGGAUAAUUAAGUACACCAGUCUGUCUUUAUUUUAUUUCCCAUUUUUUUGGUGGGUUAUCUUGUUUGUUUUUUUAAAUGGUGGUCAUGCUGGACCGCUACAGAAUAUGAACAGUACUUGAUAUUGUCCUUUACUUGAUUAUUUUUUAAUAAAAACAAAUAAUUCUAAUAA